AAGCUCCACAAAACUGCAGUGGCUAUUUUACUGUUUUAAUUGAGGACUCUAGAACAUUAAAUUCUGUAAAACUACCGAACUAGUGCUCUAACAGAGGAGGAUUUGUGUUUUUGGGACGAAGCUAGCGGCUGAUUUGAAACCUCAGCAGGACUAUCAUCGACUUCUGUCAAGCGGGUGAUGCGGUGUUUUGCUCCAGGAAUCCCCAACUAGAAGUGGAUAGAAAUUGGAAUCUUGUGAAAUAAUUAUCCUCUACUGCACGUGAACCAGCUAAACCAUGUCGGACAUACAGACACUGAUGGAUAUGGGAUUUCCGAAGGAGAAAGCCGAGCGAGCGCUGGAGGUAACAAAUAAUAAAGGAGUCGAGCAGGCCAUGGAAUGGUUGCUAGCGCACGCCGACGAACCUUUGCCACCUGCAACGACCGGUUCCACAGCAGCCGAUGGAACGGCCACAUCCGAAACAGCCAACAGCACACCGGCGGCGGAUGGGCAGACCGCGGACGGUGAUGGUACGUCCGCGGAUGCCGUGGCCAAGUCACUGAAAUGCGACGAAUGCGGCAAGCUGUUCAAAUCGCAGGAAGAGGUAGAGUUCCACGCGGCCAAGACACAGCACAGUAGCUUCUCCGAGUCGACGGAGGAGAAGAAACCACUCACCGAGGAAGAGAAGAAGGCCCAGCUGGCCCUGCUGGAGGAGAAGAUGAAACGGAAGCGCCAGGAGCGCGAGGAGAACGAAAAGAAGGAAGCGAUGGAGCGGGAGCGGCUGCGGAUCAAAUCGGGAAAGGAUAUGCUCGAGGCACGCCGCAAAAUGGAGGAGCAGGAAAUGAAGAAACUGAUGGAUCAGCGGAAGCGCGAGAAACUCGAAACCAAAGCGGCCCGCGAUCGGGUUCGUCUGCAGAUCGAGGCAGAUCGUGCGGCUCGCAAGGCGAAAGAUGCUGGUGAGCCUGCAGGAGUCACUUCGCCGACAUCCACCACCAGCAGUGCGACGGCUACAUCACCAACGGCCGCUGCUACGGUGGCCAGCCCACCGAAACCUGCCGAAACGAAGAGCUACACCACUGCCAAGAUCGCCAUUCGUAUGAUGGACGGUAGCCAGCUGGUACAGACGUUCCAAGCCAGUGAGCAGCUGGCCGCGGUACGGCUGUUUGUGCAGCUGAAACUCGGUGCCAUCGACACACCGUUCGGACUGAUGACCAACUUUCCCAAGAAAGUGUUCACCGACGAGGAAUACGACAUGCCACUAGACAAGCUGGGACUCGUCCCGAACGCGGUACUGAUCGUCACGAAGGGUUCAUAAGUCGCGAAGUGUUUGUGUUCGUUCCGGUGGCGGGCCGGUUUAUGUAAAAUUUCUCUAUAACAAUUUCUAAUGCGAUCGAUGGUUGUAUGUGAUUCAAAACGCGAUAUAAAGAGUCACGACUCUCUUUUUCUCGGAAA